UCCUCACUUUGAAGCUAAGCAACUUCUUUGGCGACAACUUAUCUGGGAAAAGAAGUUUCAGCAUCCAGAAGAGGAAAGCAGUCAUGGCGACAGCUGACAAUAACAACAAUGAACAAGUUGUACCAGGAGACACUGAACAAGAUGAUGUCCAUUCUGUGCAGGCCCGGUACCUACGCAGCCCAUCGCCAAGCAGAUUUUCCAUUGUAUCAGACACGGACACAGAGAGCAUCUUCAUGGAGCCUAUACAUCUAUCAUCUGCAGUUGCUGCAACAAUGAUAAUUAAUGAAGAAUUGAAGCCCAAAGAAAUAAAAAUCGAGCCAAUGUCGCCAAAAAUGAUGGAAUCAGCUGAGCAGCUGCUUGUGGAAGACCUCUAUAAUCGAGUGAAAGUGAAGAUUGAUGACAGAAGCAAAUACAACACCCCCUGUAUCAUGGACAUCCAGCAUGCUCUCAUGCGGAAAAUGGAGGCGCCCCUCGAGAUAAUCAGUGAGGUGUGGCCCAAUGUCUUCAUUGCUGAAAAGAGUGCAGCUGUGAAUAAGGGUCGACUGAAACGACUGGGGAUCACACACAUCCUCAACGCUGCCCAUGGAACGGGCGUCUACACCUCAAAAGCUUUUUACACGGGAUUGGAAAUUGAGUACCUUGGAAUCGAAGCUGAUGAUUUCCCUGACUUUGACUUGUCUAAAUACUUCCGUAAAGCUGCCGAAUUUAUGGAUGAAGCUCUUUUAACGUGCCGAGGUAAAGUUUUGGUUUGCAGUGUAAUGGGAACCAGUCGAUCAGCAGCAUUUGUGGCCGCCUACCUUAUGAUCUUUCACCAUAUGACAAUCAUGGAGGCAUUAAUGACUCUGAGGAAGAAACGUCCAAUCUACCCAAAUGAAGGGUUCAUAAAGCAGCUUAGGGAACUAAAUGAGAAUCUUCUGGAUGAGCGUAGCCAGUGUGAUCUGGAAGAUGACGAUGAGACCCUCAGCCAAUGUUCGGUGAUUGAAGCAAAAGCAUUUGUGGCUGAGGAGGAGACCCAGAGCAUCGUGGGGGUUCAGGCACAUUCUAUCAUGGUGGAGGAGGAAGAAGACACAUCAAGUUUAAUUGCUGGCAGCCUGAUGAGUUCUGUUGCAAAGACUAACGUUACUUCCAAAGACCCAUUAAUCGACGAGGAGGAAGAGGAAAGGAUCUAUAGAGAAUGGAGGGCAAAACAAGGUUUGUCACCAGUAGAAUCCACAUACAAACCAAGAAGGAGGAGUCCUGAGCUCCCUGAUGAUCCUGAGAAAGAGAACGAUCUUGACUGGCUGAUCAGAGAAUGGCAAAGUAAAAAUGAAAAGUUUGAAACGGAUCUUAGUUGUCAAUUCCUGAGCAACAAUGAGGGUGAUGCAGAGUGCCAAAAUGCACGAAGAAGACAACUUGCCAGUGACCGAGAUGGCACAGAAAGUGUUAGCAGUAUUGACAGUGAUCUCCUUCAACAACGUUUGGAAGAUUGUUUAAAUAAUCGACACAGAGCUCGGCAUGACUCCAUAUCCACUGAAGCCAGCACAUGGGACAUGUGGGAUGAGCGAUUGCUUGAGAUUAGCAAGAGAGCUGCAAGGGGUGAUGACAGUAGCAGCCUGUCUUCUUUUAGGCUUGGUGAAAAGGGGAGAGAGCUGGAUGACGGAAGUUCCAUGUGCUCAGAAACGAGCUCUAUGUAUAACUUCUGUGGGAAGAACAAAGACAAGCUGACACCACUGGAAAGGUGGCAAAUCAAACGGAUACAAUUUGGAUGGAACAAAAAAGAUUUGAAAGCAGACAAUGAGAAUAAAAUUGAAGCAAGUGAGGAGGAGCAGGAGGGGAAGGAGAAAAAAUCUCUUGCUGAUGUCAGCAUGACAGCCUAUCAGACCUGGAAGCUGAAACAUCAGAAAAAAAUAGGUAAUGAAAAUAAAAAUGAGGUGAUUGAUUUAACAAAGGAUGAAGAUAUUUCAUCGAAGAGAACUCAACAAAGACGUGCUGAGCUCUUGGAACGCACUAAACGUACACUGGAAGAGAGCAAGUCCCUAUCCGAGUGUGAGACAGGGAGUUCCUUGAGUGGAAGUGUCCCAUUCUCUCUCUUCUUUUCCAAAACGCCUGACCAAAGUGCAAGUGAUCAAGCCGCCUCGGUGCUAAGCAUGCAGAGUGGCGCAUCAUCAACCUCCAGAGCCAGAACUGCCUCAGCUACGACAGUUCCUAUGCCACCUUUGCAAGCAAACCCUGAUGCUAGUGUAUCGCUCUCAAGCAUCCAGGAUUGGAUUGCCUCGGUAGUGAGUGAACAGAUCGCGAUAAAGCAAUCUGAAAUUAUGAACGCUGCAACGCCUUUGGACUGUAACGGCCAUCUCCGGGCCACCGGAAGAUGCAACGAAGAUGACAAAAUGUCGCAUUGCAGCAUGCAAAGUGCUGGCUCUCUACAGCGACCUAGCGCAGCUCAGAGCGCGGAUACGCAGUCUGUCCUGUCAUACAGCAGUCUGUCCAGCCUGAAGACUGGAAGUCUGCGUUCAAAAGAGAUUGCAAAGACAAGCAAGCCACUGUUCAGCCUGUUUGCAGAUGAAGUUAAUCUUGAAAAAUUAGACUGUAGAAACAGAGAGAUUAAGAGUGAGAUGAAAAAUAAAAUGGAUGCAUACCAAAAAGAAAAAGUCAAUGUGAACAAUAAGCGCAGCACAUUAUUUAGAAAGAAAAAGAAGGAUGAAAAUGACAAUGAGCAUUUGGUUGAGACAAAUUCUAGAUUUUCUCCCUCUUUGGGGACAGAUAAGUUUGACGUACAGUCUAAUAUUUCAGGAGAUCUCUCAUGUGCAGGCUCGAGUAUUCCAGAUCCAACUCACAGUAUCCAAAAAUGGCUUAGUGAUGUCAAGGAUGUACCUGUUAGCAACAAAAAAUAUGACUCAAUUACUAAGAGCGAAACAAAACCCUUUCAGGCUUCCUAUCUCCGUGAUCCAAGUUAUGGGUCAAUGCAAAAUGCUGCAGAAGUAUCAGAUUUGUAUGUAACAAGAGAUGAUUUAAAGUCACCAUUGAGAGACUCAGGAGAGUAUCCAUCCAGACAAUUUUCCUCUUCCUAUAAAUCAAAGGAAGUUGAUAAUAACUCCAAGCUGAGAGAUUCUAAUCCUUCAUCUCAUUUGGAAUACUCACAUUUCCCCAGAUCAUUGGCUGAUGAGGCAGGUAGUUCCAGAGAUUCCUAUUCUGGAAGGUCCUUCAAGGAGAUGCAGCCUCCAAGUCCAAGUGACAAUUGGCAGCUGUCUGAACAACCGCCAACCCGCCCUAUCCCCAGGAGAUCUCGAUUGCACAGCCCAGAGACAGAGCACAAUGAUAAUACAGUGGAAGUGCAUGCCAAGAGAAAAUUUAAGCAGAGUUUUGCAUCCGUAGAAGAACAGGACUUUGGAAAAGUUAAUGAUAAUGAUCUUGAGAAUCCUACAGUAAAGAAAGGUUUGAAGACUGCAUCAAUAAACAGCAGCGAUGAAGAAGAUGACAAGAUUAUAGCUGCUUGGAGGAGUCGUCAGCAAAUUAGAAUCAAAGAUAGAAAAAAGUAUCAGAAUGAAUAAAUGCAAAGGAUCAUUGGUAGAUUAAAAAUGAUAAAUGAGAAAAUAAUCCCAGUGGCCAUGAAUUCAUUGUGCACCAUAGAAAUUCGGUUCAGAAAUUCAAAUCUCCAAUACUCACACCCCAAUGGGCCAAAUGGCCCAUUGAUAACCUAGAACAACAAAAAUUUCCAUGAUUUCUACUCUAUAUUGUACUGCCACAGAGUUCCUAAGUCAGUACCUCUUGGUUUACUGAAUGCUUUUAAUAUCAAGUUUAUACUUAGAAAGAAAUAUAGUUAGUUUAAUUCUUCUUGAUUGGCAGGAAUGGAGGUAGUGAAUUCCAUUUCCUCCUAUGUUUUCAUCCUCCUGCAAUUUUAAAGUAUGUGUGUGUGUGUGUGUGUGUGUGUGUGUGUGUGUGUGUGUGUGUGUGUGUGUGUGUGUGUGUGUGUGUGU